AUGCCAUCCCACAACGCUCAUAUCCAGUUUGAGAAAUGGGCACGGGAGUACGGCCCGAUAUAUAGUCUCAUUCUAGGCACCAAGUGUCUGAUUGUACUCUCGAGCGACGAGGCAGUCAAAGAACUUCUCGAUAAACGAAGCGGUCUAUACUCACAUCGACCGGAGAUGUAUAUUGGUCAGACAUUGUGCAGUGGCAACUUGAGACUCUUGAUGAUGUUUUACGGGCCAACAUGGCGUGGGUUCCGCAAAAUGGUCCACGGUUUGCUUAAUGUAACCACCUCCAAGAAAUACGUACCGUAUCAGAUGCUAGAGAACCGACAGAUGCUAUAUGAGCUCCUCACACAACCCCAAGGAUUCCUCAAACACAUUCGUCGAUACUCCAAUGCCCUCACAACCACGAUGGUCUUUGGAUGGCGCACACCUACAUACGAGGACGAGAAGAUCGUUCAACUUUUCAACGGCUUCUCUGAAUUCGCAGAAAUCAAUCAAACUGGGACAGCUGCAAUCAUUGACUUCUUCCCAUGGUUGCGAUACCUUCCCGACUUCCUACUCCCAACACAAAGGAAAGCGAAGGAGCUUCAUAAGCACGAAAAAGCGUUAUACCUGGGUCACUGGCUACAAGCUAAAGAACAGAUUCGACAAAACACAAUAAAUCCAUGCUUCUGUGCGGGAAUGUACGAGGCACAAAAACAAGAUGAAUUUAGCGACGACCAGGCCGCUUACAUCUCAGGAACCCUCCUUGAAGCCGGCUCAGACACCACAUCAAGUACACUGUACGCCUUUGUACAAGCAAUGCUCCUAUUCCCCGAUGUCCAACGGAAGGCCCAAAAUGAAAUCGAAAGAUUCGUCGGACCAAACCGCCUGCCUGUCAUGGAAGAUCUCUCUGAGCUGCAUUACGUACGAGCUUGUAUGAAAGAAACAGUCCGAUGGAUGCCAACAACCAUACUCGGAGCCGUUCCACAUGCAGUAACCCAGGAUGAUGAAUACAAGGGUUACUUUAUCCCCAAGGGAGCCGGAGUCCUGAACAAUGUCUGGGGUAUCCACAUGGAUCCAAAGCGCCACCCCAACCCGCGAACAUUCAAUCCGGAUCGGUACUAUGAAGACCGCCAGAGUUUCAGCGAUGCAGCAGCCAACCCGGAUCCCUCAAAGCGGGAUGUAUUCACCUUCGGUGCAGGGCGGCGUAUCUGUCCAGGAAUCCAUGUUGCCGAGCGUAGCCUGUUUCUUGGCAUUUCGCGGAUCUUAUGGGCUUUCGAUAUUGCGCCUGAGGUGGAUAGUAAGGGGAGUCCGAUCUUACCUGAUCCGGAUCGGUUGACGCAGGGGUUUGUGUGUAUGCCUGAGGAGUUCCCGGCGAAGAUUACUGCAAGAUCGAAAGAGAGGGCGGAGCUGGUUGUUCGUGAGUGGAGGGAUGCGGAGAGGGAGUGUUUGGACCCCAAGACGGGACAGUGGAUGCAGUCCCCUGUUUCUGCGUAA